AUGGGUGGUUUGGUAGAACAACAAGUCGCAAAUGCAGUGCAUGCGUUAUUGGAUACCAAUGCCAAUAUGGCCAUUGAUGUUCAAUUUCAAGACAAUACAGUUAAUCGUUAUGAACGAGAAAUUGAUGAAGCACUGACUUUGAUUUUGGCGCGUCGUCAUCCAGCUGCAAUUGACUUACGUAUGGUGAUUGCCAUGAGUAAAGCCAAUACCGAUUUAGAACGUAUUGGUGAUGAAGCUGCAAAAAUUGCCCGUAUUGCACAGACUUUAUGUGAAGAGGGCGAGUCUCCGCGUGGCUAUAUGGAAACACGGCACAUUGGCAAUCAAGUGCGUGUCAUGAUUCAUGAUGCUUUAGAUGCUUUUGCGCGUGUGGAUGCAGAACAGGCAUUAAAAGUUUUGUUGGCCGAUGCAGAUAUUGACCGUGAAUAUCAAUCUGCGACGCGCACACUGAUGACCUAUAUGAUUGAAGAUCCACGUCAUAUUAGUCGUGUCAUCAAUGUGAUGUGGAGCGAAUUGGUGACCAUGCCCGUAAUAUCUCAGAACAAGUCAUUUAUAUGGCAAAAGGUUUUGAUGCGCGACAUACCAGUGUUGAAGAGAUUGAACAAAAAGUUCAAGACCUGA